UAUAACAUAUAGUCUCAUGGCGGACCGAAAUCGCUUAACAACUCACCUACUAAGCACUAUAAAGUUUUACAAAAAACAAAAGGAUUCUGUAAAUAAUGCUUUGAAGAAGAUUGAAGGUCUGAUAGAAUGGGAGGAUCCGGCCGGGGGCUACUUCCACUGGGUAAAGAUACGUGGACUUGAGGACGUGCGUAACAUGGUUUUCAACACCGCCCUCAAACAUGGCUUGAUGUUAGAACCAGGUCACAAUUUCAGUUACGACACGAAGAAGCCAUCUCCGUACAUACGACUUACAUUCACAAGAAUGAACUUGGAACAACUAGACGAUAACGUCAACACGAUUCGUGAUAUUAUCAUAGAAGAAAAAAAAACGACUUAA